AAUGACGGCAGACAACCGGGAGCAAAGUGAUUUGUGAGAAAGAUUUCAAUUAUAUUUUUAUGUUUAAAGAAAAAUAAAAAUUUUCAUAAGCCGACCAAAUUUCAGUAAAACUUACAAUAUUCAUAUUUUGAUUUUUGUUUGUACGUCUUGUAAACAAAGAAAUUAUAUUGUUUCCCGUUUGUGUCACCUAUCCAUCCAUCCUGUGAAUGAAUUGAGCCAUGUCAGCCAUAUGGGACAAAAUGUGUGAAGUGUUCACGUUGCUGGUUCGGCCGACACGACGGAAAACUCGCGUGACAUUCAGUCCAAGCACGCUACAUCGUGAGAUCAUACGGCACACCAAACUAUCGGCUUCCACGAAUCCCUUUUUCAACUUCCUUGCCGAGGUGCGCAUGAAAGCCAAUGGUGGGCAACUGAUGCACCCAGGCUGUGGUUCGAUGUCGGCGCGGGAAAGCGCUCGCAUCGCCAAGACUGCAGGCCGCCUGUGGAACUCUAUGACUGAUGAACAAAAGCAGCCGUAUCGAAGCAUUGCGAUGGAGCAACGGAAGCUGAAGAGGCUGCGGCGAAGGCGUUCCAACUUGACUGCACGCAGACGAAGAACGCCAUUGCAUUGCAAAACGCCAGUCGAGUGUAAAUUCAUUUUUCCGCCGCAGCCCACUCAUGAAGAAGAUCUAUAAAUGCGGGUUCUGGGGAUUGAAAUAAUGUUGUUGAUGUCUUUAAGACGAUGCGGAUGGAGUGGAGAUCAAAUUUGUGUGCAAAUUUAAUGUUGAAAUUUCUCCAAGUUCCCAAAGAUUUUAUAGUUCUAUACUGCUCUGCUUACGCUACCUUGUUAUUCCACAAGGAGGGCAAAGCAAUUCGUCAAAAACAUUUCAAUUUUAUUUUAAUGUCUUAAGAAAUAAAAAAUUUCAUUAGUCGACGAAAUUUCAGUAAAAUAUACAAAUCCAUAUUUGAA